GGCCGUUCGGGGAAUAUCAAGCAAGACGUGCUGGGGCUCGGAGCACAUCGGCUCUGCCUCCAUGUGUCUACGAAGGAGGCGUGAUCUCUCUUUUUAUGAAGCUCUUUAAUGACCGACGAGUCUUUUUUCUCCCCCCCUGUAUCAAAGUCAGGACAAAACGAGGAAAGAAGCAGUUCACAAAAAGAUGAACCGAGAAAAGACGGGAGCGGGGCUCUGCUCGUGCCCGGGAUCCUGUCUCUGGGAGAAGUAAAGCGGAAUCCACAAGGAGCUUGAGAACUUUUUACACUCAAAUACUGCUGAACCCACAAGCAGUGGUUUGGUCAGUGGCGGCACGCGGAGCUGGAACUUUUCAAGCGCUCGCGUGCGCAACUUGUCAAAGUGCGGGUGCGCGCGUGAAGUGCGGUGCUCGCGUGCUGCUGGACCUCGCGGGCACCGGGAGCGGCUUCUCUUUAGCUGGAGCUGGAUGUCCUGCAUGUGCUGGGCUUUAAGGACAAUGGUGACUUUCAUGUGUCUCAUCAUCUCUCUGCUGCUCCUGCCUCUUGAGGGAGCAGUGAAGAACUGCCACCCUGGGUGCCGCUGUGAGGUGGAGAACUAUGGACUCUUUGACAGUUUCAGUCUGACUAAGGUUUACUGCAGCGGGGUGGGUCCUAGCCUUGCUCCUGUCCCCAUCCCUCUGGAUACAUCCUUCCUGGACCUGUCCUCCAACUCCAUCCACAUCCUCACUGACUCCAUGCUUACUGGGCCAGGAUACACCACCCUUGUCAGCCUGGAUCUCAGUAGUAAUCACAUCUCUAAAAUCCAAGCCAAUGCCCUUUCAAAGCUGCGCUACCUGGAGUCCUUGGACCUCAGCCAUAAUGCUCUUGAGGACUUAGCGGACAGUGUUUUCGCUGGCCUCCCGCUGGCAGAGGUGGACUUGAGCAACAAUCGGAUGCAGGAGCUGAGGCUGGAAGUCUUCUCAACCAAGGGCCAUGGUAAGGCCAUCAACGUGGAUGUAUCCAACAACCUGUUGUCCACUGUUUCCAGGAAGCCACAUACAAGCCCUCCCAGUAUCAAGACCCUGAUCCUGUCAGGAAACAGUCUAAAGGUGAUUCCUAAUCUAAGAGGUGUCCCCUUGAGGCACUUGAAUUUAGAUGGAAAUCUAUUUUCCAGAAUUGAGGAGAAUUCUUUUGCAGAUCUGAAGGAUCUGGUCCACUUGUCACUGAGUAGCCUUGCUGAGCUCACUGUGGUCCAGCCCCACAGCUUCAAGGACCUGCAGAACCUACAGGUGCUUGACUUGUCAAACAAUCCCAAGUUGGAGUCAUUGAAACCAGAGGUAUUCAAUGGCUUGGUUUCCUUACAGGAGCUCAAUUUGUCUAAAUCUGGAGUUACAUCAUUGCCAAAUGACAUUUCAAGUCACUUGCCAAGUAUCAGAAGCAUUACUAUAGGGGACAGUAUCCAGUGUUGGAAAACCCAGAAGCAAGGUCAGUUCCACAGACAGGUUGGACAGGCUAAGAGUGGAGUAUUCCUCACAUGUGAUAUCACUGACAAUGAUUUAUGAGACAAGGCUACACCUAUUAAAAAGGACCCUAAUUUGUGCCUUAUACUAAAAUGUGUGUACUAUAUAUAUAUUCCUGCCAUACUUGAUAAUUACAGGUUUUUUUUUCUGAAUACCUUUCUGCAUUUUCCCUUUAUGUUUCAGAUAAAUUCCUUUAAAGGGAAAAAAUACUGUUAAAUUAAAAAUUUCCCUGUUCUGUAGACAUUAUCGCUUGGAAACAAAAGUAUGUCUGUUGUAUCUCAGUUGAGUGAUGCAGAUUUACCAUGAUUGUUUUCAGAGAAAAUCAGAAAUGGUUACUUUCCACCCCCAGCACUCAAUCAAUAUUUGAUUGUGAACAAUAAACAAGUAAUAGUAGUCUUUAAAUCUCCAACCAAGGGUCAUGCCUUGAUAGAAUGGAGCUGAAUUAGCAAUAAGCUUAAUGCAAUCUGAAAGCCCUCAAAGUAUUAAAACUUCUCUAAUUAGCCAUGUUAGAGAAAUUGUGCAAAAUUUUAAAAUGUUUACAGUAAAAAAGAUAAGACUGUGAAACAUUUGCAUGAACUUCUAGAGAUAUGCAAUAUCAUGCAUUACGAAUUCUGUCAAUGCAUGAAGGAGCUGCUGGCAUUUAUUUAGUAUACCUGUUUCUGUGGUAGUACUGUCAAUUUUAACACCAGGUAUUAGCUUAUAACUGAAGUGUCACACAUCCUAGCAGAAAACACCAGUCUGUGCUUGAGCGAGCCAUUUCUUUAUCAUGGAUGCUUACACAACACAAAAUAAUGCAAAAUAAUAGUAAAGGACAUCACUGAAGCCUAUAAAUUGCUAAAUCUUCAUAGAGGAUCAUAGUGCAGAUAAAGACAACCCUAAUGGAGCACUUCUGAAUGACUAUUUAGCUUUCAAGUGCUGAAAUGGCUACAGAAAUGAGAUUCUUGCACCUUUUCUUCCAUUUGUUUUGUCAAAAAUGGAUCAGUUUACCAUUAAAAACAGUGGUUCACUUACCACAUGUGACUGAGAAAGUUCAUUUCUUUGUCUUUCAGGGUUCCUCUAGGUUCUCACAAUUUAUUUGCAAAUUAAUUCUCAAUAACUUAUGUAUAGCUUGUGCUCAUAUGGCCUUAAUAAUUCCUUAAUAAUUUCCUCAUACAGUUGUAUUCCUAAAGCAUACAAUCCCAAAAUCAUUUCUGCUGGCAGAAAGGAAGUGGACCAUUUGUACUAAAUGCUACCAUUUAAAAAAAGUUCCAUCGAAUGGCUAUAUUCAUCAAUGUUUAGUUAGUGUUGCCACCUUAGCAUCCUUGUGGUAUUUUAUUUGAUAUGACAAUCUGUUUCAAUAUUGCAGAUGAGUUGUUCUGAAUAAACUAUCCAAUAUGUUAUGUAAUGUAUGUAUGGUAUGAAAUUACUCAGAUGCUCUUUGUUGUGUUGAAUCUGUAAAAAGUGCAGUUAUGUGAAACCUAUAUAUAUUAUUUUUCUUGUCUGAGAAUCUGGUUCAUGUUUCCAUUCUUUUUUUCUACACUUGUCUAUGCAUGGAUCGAAACUGUGGCGAUUUCUUUACGAAGUUCCAUUUCCAGUGCAGUAAAUGUGUCAGGGUUGAAUCAUUUUACUCACUGUGGCCAAACCACCAAGUCUGUAAUGUAGCAACAGCGGCAUCACGGAAUUAAGCGUUCAACACCGACAUUCCAUGUGCCAGCGCAACCUCAGUGUCUGACCCCUACUCACAAUAAAGUGCCCCCAGAAGACCAGUUCAGGCAUCAAGGAAUAAGUCAGUGUUGUAUCUACACAUUGGUUAACCACUGACAUACAGCGCUGACACAUGGGAGCGGAGGUCCGCCUUGAAUCCCCGGCUAUUGGAGACAGUUUCCGAUCUGGUUCCCAAGGGAGCAGUAGGACUGAUAGAGAAAGCAGAGAGAGGUGUGUAUGAUCCCCCCCCCCAGCAGCUUCCUACAUUGUAAAGGGACAGUUUUGUGGAUAUCCCACUGAGAACUCUUCUGGCAGUGUAUGACAAAGUAAUCCGGUUCAAAUAUCUACUGGGCUCUGAAAAACCACACUUUUUGUGACCAGUAUUCUGCAGCUCUGAAAAGCAAUAUACGCCAAACACUAAAAAGCCUGAUAAAACCACAAUAGUAAAUCAUCUAGUAAUAAACUAUUCCAUGGGGCAAGAUUUUGCAAGAUGUCUGUGAUUAUUGCAAACCAACUCGGGAAUGGUACAUCCAACUGACAUUCUCUGGAUAAUAAUCUCUAGCUAGCACUGAAUCGUGAAAAACACAAAAGAAUGCAAAGAUAUCGUGUCCUUCUGGUUCAAUGGAUCUAGCAAAAUAAUUGUUUUUCUUUUCUAAUCUCCGCACUGCCAUUUCCUUUGCGAGGAUUUGUCUGCUUGCAACAUUGAUGGUGCCCUCCUUAAUUAGGAACCCAUUUGUUUAGAACAUACUUAAAUCCUGGUGGGGGAAGGAGCCCCCCUCCAGCAUGGCCCUGAUUUUUGGACACCCAGCGGGUGAUGUCUUUUUAUCUUUAGAAACGGUAGACGCACCAACUGCUACUUGUCGCAUUCCUCCAUUGUUUGUCUUUUCCUCUGAGAGGACUAAAAGAGGGAUUCUUCUUCUCAAUGCCUGGAUCACUGAUAAGCGUGCAUAUCUUACAUGUUUUUUUUAGCAGAACAGGCAUCAGGGAAGCUUUUCUUGCUAAAAUCCUUGCUUUGCUCAUGGGCAUGACAGUUGUAAUGUUUGCAUGCAUAACUUCUGUUACUGUGAAAGCUGUGUUACUUUAGUAACAGAUCAAAGGUUUGCUUAAACUCCAUGUUCAACAUACUCAAACUUUUUUUUUUUCAAUAGAGAAAAUGUAUGGGAGCCAAAACAAAUAUAAAAUGUAUCCAUUCAUUUGUCUGAAUGUAGAAAUCAUUUUUAAUUUUUAUUAUUAUGUAUAGCUGCAUUACACUGUGUCUUCCCUGUGUUAGUAAAAAUAAAUUGCUUUUAAUAUUUUUAAUCUUCCGAAAAUUAUUCACGCAGUUGUUUUGGGCACAAGGCCUCACAGAUAGACACACAGACAAAACCGAAAAUGCUCACACACAAGCUGUUG